CCCCUCUCACAGUUAAUCCAGUCGGGUUGUGUCCUUGUGCAAUGGUGUGUUUUGCAAUCUGAUGAAUUCCCAACGGACGGCAGAACACGUCACAUUUUAAGGCAGCAAGUUUGGACUCUCUUUGGAUUUACUGUCAGUGGGAGCAUCACAUCAGAGCCUUUGGUUCAGAGGUGGGACUCGACGCCACGGGACUCGUGGAACCAGAAAUGAAGUCCCAACCAGGCGCGGUGACCAUGCUGCUGCCCAUCUCUCUCGGCCUCAGCUUGAUCACUGUGUGUUUAGGAGCAGCAAUUCCCAAUUCAUGUGGUUCCAUCUACAAGAGUUUUGCCCAGUGUUUGCUCACACUUGGAGACAGUUUGGUGGAUACACAAAAAGACCAGAGCACACAGGACAUUGAUUCAAUCUGCAGGUCCUGGAAUUCGUUCCAUGUUUGUGCCAACUCUGCUCUGGCCGGCUGUCCCGGCGAAGCAGCAGCCGUUUGGGAGUCUCUGAGGCAAGAGUCCAGGAAGACGCAGUUCUCAGGAAACCUCUACGACAUGUGUGCCCGCCACACCACCCUCCCCGCCAGCACUGUGCCUGCACCCCAGAGGCCCCCCGCCUCCGACCAGACCAACCAGGAUAAACUGAAGGGUCAAACGAACAAGCACAGCCCCACCUUCAGCACACUGUUGAUCCCUGUGUGCACCACCUUACUGCUUAUGCUCCGGAGCGUAUGAACCCAUUCAGUCUUUCACUGAGACAGAUGUCAGCGUUCUAGCUCCCCCUUACUAUCCAAACACACAAUGGUAAUCACCCUUUCCAAAUAAAACUCAUCAUGAUUGCAUAUC